AUGGAAUCAAUAUCGUUUACAUUCAACUAUGAUAAAAAUUCAGAUCAAUCUCUAAUAAAGUUAUGGAAACUUACAAAUGAUAAAGUCCUAUGUACACCACUACAAUCAAGUAAAAGACUAGGAAACAGGUCUUGGAGAUUAAUCAGUCAUAGAAUAUUACAUCACUCAAAAGCAGACACCUCCAGAAAAUUCAGUCUAGCUGAUUUGGAUUCAAGUCACAGCUUAUCCAAUCUACAGGAUUUAAAACCAAGCAGGCCUUCGUUAUUUAGUCAUACUUCCAACUUGAGUUUAUAUACAAGAAAGAGAUCAACACAAACCAGUCUAGAAUCGGCUAGUUUUGCGUUUACCAAACAACGAGAAGAAAAUGGCAGCAGCUGCGAAAUUCUAAAUGUUAUUCAAGAUGAAGAUGAAUCAGAGGAUGACAACUUAUCUGAUGUAUCCGACAUAUCUGAAAUAUCAGAGUUCUCAGAAGAAGAAGAAGAAGAAGAAGAAGAAGAAGAAGAAGAUUAUGAAGAAGAUAGCAACAACGAUGACGACGACGAAGUGACUGAUAAUAGUAAGAAUAAUCAACAGACAAGUACAGAAAAUGCAAAUGCCACUAGUCAACUUGAUAAUAAGGAACAUACAGAAAGUAAUAAUGUCACAGCCAAUAAUACACUUCCAAAAACCCCCGAAACUAGGCAAGGACCACCACCUGCAUCGGGAAACAACAUUCAUCGCCGGUCUCUUGAUGACAGAAUAUCUCCUAGGAACGUCAAUCACAAACGAGAACCUUCAAUGACAAAAUUCUAUAUUGCAAAUUCCCCAUCUCCUACUCAGAAGAAAGAAAUUGAUGAUAAGGCGAAUGAGAAACUACUGCAACAAAAAUCGCUUGAUUUCCAGAAUGGAGAGCAAGAAUCUAGACCUACAGGAAGACAAGGUUCAUUGUUCAACAAUUUCCAGUUCAAGGAAAAAUCAGUUCAAGUGAAUGAGGAUGAAAGUGAAGAAUACGACGACGUGGAGGAAGAUGACGAUAGUUACGAUUCAACGGAUAUUUCUGAAGAUGAUGCUGAACUUAGUGAGGUUGAAGAAGACGAAGAACAACACCAUGACAAUGAACUACCACAACAGCAAUCCAGCAAGAAUAAUUCUUCAUCUAAGGAAAACAAAGCUUCUGUAUCCGCUGCUAAUGAUAAUGAAAGUGAUUGGCUUUCAGUAAGUACUGAUUCGGUACAAUCAAAUGUUCCUAUUGUUAAGAACCUUAAGCCACAAACCCAACCAAUGAAUUUCCCAAAGGUUGAUCCAUCUUCUUCAGCAUCUUUGGCAACCAUUCCAAUUGAGAUCAGCGACAGUCAAACUAAUAUUGCACUGAUAAAGAGACCAAAAUCGCUAUUAUCCAACUUGUUUUUAAAUCAACUAGCAACUACGAGUACAGAACCUCCUAUCAAGCAUCAAUCACUUCUGACUAGUUCCAUCCGUGAAAAACCUACUUUGCAAAGAUCAAGAACUACAGGGAUAAUUACUGUUGAUAGAGAAGUAAAACGUCCAUCCAUUAUUUUCACUAGAAAAUUUCCUUCAGUGGCAGAUAUCAAUAUUCCACCACUAACUCCAACCGAUAGCAACUCUGUUGCUCCUCAAACUCCUUUGACAAAACAAAGAAGCAUUGUUGGAAUUUCAGAUAUUAAUGUUUCCAUUAAACCCACAGAAGAGAAAACAUGGUCAGAAGAUGGAUCAGUUUCUGCAUCUGCUUCAUUAUUAUCUACAAGUUUGAGCAAAAUGACUAGAUCUUCAUCACAUCAUUCAAUUAAGAAUUUGUUAUCCAAGUCGUCUUUGAAUAUCACCAAAAUAUACCAUACAAAUAAACCAAGACACAGAGAUAACAAUGUCUUCCACAAACGUAAUGAUGAAUUGACAAAACCAGAUUCAUCACUUGGUCACUUGAAACAUUCGCCAAGUUCCUUGACUUCAGCUUCAUCAAUAUUGAUGGUUUCUCAAAAAUCUUCAUCAACUCCACCUCCUCCAGUGCUUCCUAGAGUUACUACUACGGAACAUGAAAUUCAAAGUGAUUUGUUGAAUACUGAAGAGUUGAGUAAAUCAUUAAAGGAUUCAAUUUUAAUCGAUAACAAAUUAGGUAAAAUUGCCAUGCCUGAAAAAGUGAUUGAUGCCGGAAGUUUUCUAAGACGUGAAAGUAGAUUGGCAGACAGUGAUGAUUUUGAUGACUACCAUGCAAAAGGUUGGUAA